AUGUCUUUAUCCUCAAAGUUGUCUGUCCAAGAUUUGGACUUGAAGGACAAGCGUGUCUUCAUCAGAGUUGACUUCAACGUCCCAUUGGACGGUAAGAAGAUCACUUCUAACCAAAGAAUUGUUGCUGCUUUGCCAACCAUCAAGUACGUUUUGGAACACCACCCAAGAUACGUUGUCUUGGCUUCUCACUUGGGUAGACCAAACGGUGAAAGAAAUGAAAAAUACUCUUUGGCUCCAGUUGCUAAGGAAUUGCAAUCAUUGUUGGGUAAGGAUGUCACCUUCUUGAACGACUGUGUCGGUCCAGAAGUUGAUGCCGCUGUUAAGGCCUCUGCCCCAGGUUCCGUUAUUUUGUUGGAAAACUUGCGUUACCACAUCGAAGAAGAAGGUUCCAGAAAGGUUGACGGUCAAAAGGUCAAGGCUUCCAAGGAAGACGUCCAAAAGUUCAGACACGAAUUGAGCUCUUUGGCUGAUGUUUACAUCAACGAUGCCUUCGGUACCGCCCACAGAGCUCACUCUUCUAUGGUCGGUUUCGACUUGCCACAACGUGCUGCCGGUUUCUUGUUGGAAAAGGAAUUGAAGUACUUCGGUAAGGCUUUGGAAAACCCAACCAGACCAUUCUUGGCCAUCUUAGGUGGUGCCAAGGUUGCUGACAAGAUUCAAUUGAUUGACAACUUGUUGGACAAGGUCGACUCUAUCAUCAUUGGUGGUGGUAUGGCUUUCACCUUCAAGAAGGUUUUGGAAAACACCGAAAUCGGUAACUCCAUCUUCGACAAGGCCGGUGCUGAAAUUGUUCCAAAGUUAAUGGAAAAGGCCAAGGCCAAGGGUGUCGAAGUCGUCUUACCAGUCGACUUCAUCAUUGCUGAUGCAUUCUCUGCUGAUGCCAACACCAAGAUUGUCACUGACAAGGAAGGUAUUCCAGCUGGCUGGCAAGGGUUGGACAAUGGUCCAGAAUCUAGAAAGUUGUUUGCUGCUACUGUUGCAAAGGCUAAGACCAUUGUCUGGAACGGUCCACCAGGUGUUUUCGAAUUCGAAAAGUUCGCUGCUGGUACCAAGGCUUUGUUAGACGAAGUUGUCAAGAGCUCUACUGCUGGUAACACCGUCAUCAUUGGUGGUGGUGACACUGCCACUGUCGCUAAGAAGUACGGUGUCACUGACAAGAUCUCCCAUGUUUCUACUGGUGGUGGUGCUUCUUUGGAAUUAUUGGAAGGUAAGGAAUUGCCAGGUGUUGCUUUCUUAUCCGAAAAGAAAUAA